UCUCGAUGGAUGCGACUUCUACAGUCUACGUGCAGGCAGUCAUGAAUUUUCCCUAGCAAAGAAAAAAAAAGCCCUUUACUGAUCCAUUCAAAAACAAGAACUCCGUCCCGCUCGGAGCCGCCUGAGGUCACGAUGCUCCUGAGAAGCUUGUGCCUGGCCCUUCUCCUCCUGGCCGAGGCGCGGGCUCAGUAUGAGAAGUACAGCUUCAGAAGUUUCCCCCAGAAAGACAUCAUGCCGCUGGACUCCACGUACAACUACGCGCUGCAGCAGUACGGAGCGGAGAAGUGGACCGAGAGCAUCGAGUACCUGGAGCUCAGCCUGCGGCUCCAUCGGCUGCUGCGGGACAGCGAGGCUUUCUGUAGCGGCAACUGCAGCUCCGUCCGCCGGGACGACAACGCCGCGUCCCCCGACGGCAGCCUGCGCGUCGUGCGCCACAUCCUGCUGAGAGCCGCGUGCCUCAAAAAGUGCAAGGCGGACUUUCCAGUGUUUAACGUCUCAUACCCAGCGAGGGGUCUACUGGAAACGUUCGAGGAUAGGGUGCCGUAUCGGUACAUACAGUAUGCGCACUUCCAGCUUAACAACUUGGAGAAGGCCGUGUCGGCCGCCCACACCUUCCUCAAGAAGAACCCGACGGACCCCUACAUGAUGAAGAACAUGAAGUACUACCAGACUCUGUUUGACGUGGAAGAAUAUCUGAUCGACCACGAGGAGCAGCCGUAUGAAAGUGUUUUCCUGAAGAGCGUGAAGCUUUACAACAACGAAGACUUCAGCAACAGCGCCCGCAACAUGGAGCAGGCCAUCACACAGUACUUUGACGCACACAGGCUCUGCUUGGCAGGCUGUGAGGGCUCGUACGAGAUCUUAGAGUCCAAAGACUUCUAUCCCACCUUGGCAGAUUUCUUCACAAAUGCUUUGAAAUGUAAGGUCAAAUGUGAGGAGAACCUGACACCCAGCGUUGGAGGCUUCUUUGUGGAGAAGUUUGUAGCCACCAUGUAUCACUACCUCCAGUUUUCCUAUUAUAAAUUGAACGACGUAAAGAGCGCAGCUCCAUGUGCAGCCAGUUACAUGCUGUUUGACCACGAAGACCAGGUGAUGCAGCAGAACGUAGCGUACUAUCGCUUCUACCGGGAGCAGUGGGGACUGGAGGAAAGCGACUUUCAGCCUCGGCCUGAAGCGCUGAAGUACUUUAACGAGACGACCAAGCAGAAAGAGAUGCUGGAGUUUGCACUGAACUACCUACAAACUGAAGAUGAGGACGUGGUAAGUCCAGAAGAAAUGGCGUCCUCUCGCAUAGAGCAUCCUGACACCGAGUUUGAGGGUAUGGGGGACUACGAGGAGUCCUUCCUGGCGGAAUGGUGGCAAGAACCCAGAACUAAGUGGGACGCCGGGGAGCUCGCGGACUGAGCACAGAACCUCCUCAUCAGGCCCCCUCGUCUCCCGACAACCUACCAAAGAGUGUUGGCCUCCCUUCAGACGGACAGCAACCCAACAGUAUUUAGCAGAAAAAUCACAACCCAUCAGUGUUAUAUCCCUCAGUAAAGCAUGAAACGACUUUAAUCAUCCAUCAUGCGGAUCAAGAUCAGCCUUUUAACACUUGUAUCUGGAUUGUCAUUGUGUGGCCUUUUCUAGUUUUUAUUUAAUGACUGCUGAACGCCUCUGUACCGUGUUACAAGGAAGGCGACGUAUAGCUUUUCUUAUACUGAACCAUCUGUCGACCACCAAUUGGGUAUUUGAUCUAAUAAUUGGAUCAUAAUUAAAGUCAUGUUUUAAUAUAUGUUUUGUUGUUUUUGUUUUCACUUAUUUCCAAAGGAUCAAACAAAGCCACGAGAAACAGCAUCCUAUUAGAUUGGAGUAAUGUUAAAUUGAUUUGGGGAUUCAUUUAGAUAAAAAAAUGAAUCAUUUAUCAUUUGAAAAGUAGAAACCUGGUCACCAAUACUCCCAAGCCCCUAUGAAAGCCAUAACAUAUGAAUGCAAUAACAGUAAUGUAGCGAGACAGCGAGAGUUUUGAAUUUUAUUUUAUUUCCAUUUCAAAUCAACUACAAGCCUUAGUCAAUUUCUCUCUUUACCUACAUUCAAAAAGUGUCUAAAAAUAUGGGACAACAAUGCAUCUUAAUUUUGCUUUUUUUUCUUCGAUGAUCUUCAUCAAACCGAUUGUUACAAUCUCUGUACAUAUUGUAACAAUAGUGCAUCUG